UUCAACGGUUCUUUUCCUUGACUAGCCGUUACUCUUUCUUGUCCUAGAAGCCCAACAAUCAAUCAGGCACAAGAUGCGGAAACCCUAAUCAGAAAAUCCAGUUCAUAUAUAAACCGAUCGAUUCAAUUUGUAUCUUCACCAAUUAAUCAUCAGUCACGCAUUCCAUCAUCCCUCUCUCUCUCUCUAUCUAUCUCUCUUUAUCUGAUCUGAGAUACGAAAAGAUCUUCCUCCAUCUGAGUCGAUUUGAAUUAACUGGUGUCGCUGUUUCUGAAGUUUGAUAUUUUUAAUUUUCUCGAAUCAUAUUACAUACUAAUCUUUGUUUUGCAGGCUUGAUUCCGUUUAUUGUUUGGUUUUUGCCUUUUUUUUAUAGUUUUCCUCGCUGAUUGUGCACUGCUACACACACCCUUUGUUCUAGAUAUACACACGUACCUCGUAUUAUUUUCCCUUUUGCUGUGUUUUUGUGCUGCUAACAUAUGGAAACAGGAAUAGCUAACUUGUCCGCAUCUUCAAACAAGACUAAAUCGAGAUGCCCGCUGCAAGAACAGCUUCUUCAUAGAAGAAAUUCACAGGAAAAUCUGGACAGGUUCAUACCAAACAGAUCAGCUAUGGAUUUCGAUUAUGCUCACUACAUGCUCACAGAAGGGCGGAAAGGUAAGGAAAAUCCAUCUGCAGUCUCAUCUCCGUCCAGGGAGGCCUACAGAAAGCACCUUGCAGAGACUUUCAACAUGAACAGGACUCGCAUUCUUGCCUUCAAGAACAAGCCUCCAACCUCAGUGGAAGCCAUCCCCAAUGAUUUUUCAUCAGCCGCUCAUCAAGUCAAAUCCGCCAAGCCACGCAGGCACAUUCCUCAGACUUCUGAGAGGACAUUAGAUGCCCCUGAUCUCGUUGAUGAUUAUUAUUUGAAUCUGCUCGACUGGGGCAGCAGCAAUGUUCUUUCGAUUGCUCUUGGAAAUACGGUGUACUUAUGGGAUGCUUCUGAUGGAUCAACCUCGGAACUUGUCUCGAUCGAUGAGGAAUGUGGUCCGGUGACUAGUGUCAAGUGGGCUCCUGAUGGGAAGCAUAUUGCUGUAGGUCUGAACAACUCAGAAGUUCAGCUAUGGGAUUCCACAGCUAAUAGACUGCUCCGAACCCUGAGAGGCGGGCACAGGUCCCGCGUGGGUGCCCUCGACUGGAACAACCACAUUCUAACAACCGGAGGCAUGGACGGGCGCAUCAUCAACAACGACGUGAGAAUACGAGCCCACAUAGUCGAGAGCUACGAGGGACACCAGCAAGAAGUCUGCGGGCUCAAAUGGUCGGCCUCCGGGCAGCAAUUAGCCAGCGGUGGUAAUGACAACCUUCUCCACAUAUGGGACAGGUCAGCAUCAUCAUCCUCCAAUUGGCUCCACAGACUCGAGGACCACACGGCAGCUGUCAAGGCCUUAGCCUGGUGUCCCUUCCAAGGGAACUUGCUGGCAACUGGCGGCGGUGGUGGAGACAGAAGCAUUAAGUUCUGGAAUACGCAUACUGGGGCGUGUUUGAAUUCGGUGGACACGGGUUCACAGGUUUGUGCUCUCUUGUGGAAUAAGAAUGAGAGGGAGCUGCUGAGUUCGCACGGUUUUACGAAUAAUCAGCUGACGCUGUGGAAAUACCCGUCUAUGGUUAAGAUGGGUGAGCUCACGGGGCAUACGUCGCGAGUGCUGUUUAUGGCUCACAGUCCGGAUGGAUGCACGGUUGCGAGUGCAGCGGGAGAUGAGACGCUGAGGUUUUGGAAUGUGUUUGGGACUCCUCAAGUGGCUAAGCCUGCUGCAGCUAAGACGGCGAAUACCGAACCUUUUGCCCACUUGACCCGCAUUAGAUGAAAUUCUUAUUCUGGCUUGCACCUGUUCAGAGUUUUGUUUUUUUUUUUCAUUUCAUUCUUUAUGGUGCAUUCUGUUAAU